AUGAUUGAAGCAGAAGUACCAGAAAAUAUAUCCGCCCGUGCUAUCAGUUCCGUUGAAGUCCAUGUCAGUUGGGAUCCUGUACCUGUACCGCAACUCACUGGUUAUAUGGUGCAGUACAGGAAGGUCGACAACAAUAUCACCUCGCAGAAUGUGACCGUUUAUGACGCCAGUCGCUCCUCUGUUGUACUACAUGGUCUACUUCCUGCCUCAAAUUACAGUAUUCUAGUUCUUUUGGUCUUUGCGGAUCGUCUGAAGAAUCUAAGCAAUGAGGUCUUUGUAGCAACAAAAGUUCCCGUAGUUCCUCCUCGUGGAAUAAAGGUCACCAGCGUAGACUCCACAACUUUGCAAGUCUGCUGGGAAAGAAUCCCACACUUCCCCUCCCUGGAGGAAUACGAGGUACAUUACACUCCUUUUGGACAAGGAAAUGCAUCGGUUUUAUCAACUAGAGCUAACAUCACCGUCGCGACUUUAACUGGUCUCGACCCGUCCCACACUUACUCUGUCCGCGUGGCUGGAAAGACUGCAGAGGGACUCGGUCCGCUAAGCUCUCUUAUAGCUAUACAAACGAGUAACUUUUCUAUUUCAAAGCUGACUGCAUUUACGCGUGGUAACUCGUCAAUCAUCGUCUGUCUUCCCAGACAACAAACUGUCUCCGCAUCAUCGGUUGUAUAUCACGAAGUAAAUGUCGCCCCAAAUUUGGCACAACGUAUGAAUGUCUCCGAUUUCUCUCGAAAGUACCUAAUGAUACAAAAUCUCUCAACUCAUGUAAACUACAGUGUUGAGCUUGAGUUUGCAUUGACUUGCGGCCAGAACCGAAAAAGUGAACCAACUUAUGUUGUCACAGGAAGAAAAGGUCCACUGGCUGCACCGCGUCGUGUUAAAGCAAAUAUGACGGACUAUUCCUCUGCACGUGUUAAAUGGUCACCUAACCCCUCCCCACUCGUGCUGGAAUAUGUUAUCCAGUUUGCGCCACUUGAUGCUAGCAUAUCGGUAAUAACUGUUCGAGUAAACUCAACUGAAACGAUGGUGGAGAUUGAUGGACUGACAUCUUCUACCAAUUACAGUGUUCAGCUGCAUACGGUUACGUUAUGUAAGAACGGCUCCUGGAGCAAGGCAGUCUAUGUGGCCUCGGAAGAGGGUGUGCCUAACCUUCCCCCUCAAGACCUUGUGGCUGAAAACCACACUUCUCUUUCCACCAUUCCGGUGUCUUGGCGUCCAAUCCCCCCGCAGAAUAUUUGUGGUGUUCUUCUGGAAUACCGCGUUCGUUACACGCCCAUUUCGCUGGUAGAUGGAACAGAACUCGAUGGAACUCCUAAAGAGAAAGUGCUUCCGGCUGGUAAUUUAUCCACAACACUUGAGAACAUGAACAGAUAUACUGUGUACAAAAUAGAGGUUUGGGGAGCCACCCGUAAAGGAGAGGGACCGAGUGCAACGAUAUUCGCAGAAACGUGCUAUUGUCACAAGCGAUUGACCACCAACUGGAUGUUUUUUCCGCCAUAUGUUGACCACGUGAUUGACAAUUCCACAUCCAGCUUGCCCAUUGGUGGAAUUAUUCCAGCAAUUGUAGUGGACAUGGUGUCUGCCUGUUGUGGCUAUUGUAAAAGCCAUGGAGAAUCUUAUGUUGACUACAGCAGCUAUACCAGUCAAGAAACUUUGCAAAACAAGAAAACAUACAACGAUAUGGUUGAGAACAUUUCGCAAGAAAUCGAUUUUUCUUUUCCGGUUUUUGGAUUUGAGGGAAAGCUUAACUAUAAAAAUGAUUACAGGUUCAUUGACCUUAUUCAAUCACCUGGCAUAGCUCACAUUGUGAAUACAAAAGUUGACAACUCGAAGGAGUAUUCUUUAUUUGCUGCUGUUAUUGGCUUAUGGCCCGUUAUGGCAAUUACCAUGGUAUCAGUACUCCUAUCGGGAAUAGUUAUAUGGUAUUUGGAGAGAGAAGAGAACACGAAACAGUUUAAAUCAUCUUUUAUCCGAGGCACCGGUGAAGGUGUUUGGUGGUCAUACAUUUCCGCUACAACCGUUGGCUAUGGUGACCGGGCGCCAGUAACUGGAUACGGCCGCUUGUUUUCAGUGUUCUGGAUUCUUAUGGGACUUGUCAUUAUAGGUAUUCUCAAUGGAUCCAUCACCACAGCUUUAACAUCAUUUACUAUCGAUUUGAACUUCGAUAUUUAUGGGAAAAAGGUAGCAGCCGUGCAACAGUCUCCAGAAUUUCGCUUUGGAAUCCGAAAGAAUGCCAAGAUGGACAAUGUAUCGUACAAAACAUUCCGUGAAGUGUUUUCGGCUUUGGAAAGCGGAAAAGUGAUACACGCCUUAUUCGAUACGUAUGCCAUUGGUAGCGAGAGGGCGCUCUUCGACAAAGCCAAACAUCUUUACAUAUACAAGAUAUACGAUUAUUCCUCAACAUAUGGUAUAGUUUUUGGAGGGGAUUCUGGCGUAUUGCAGAAAUGCUUUGACUUGUUUAAACGAGGGAACAUAGCAGAUAUAUUUAAAAACAUCAAGGAGAAUAUCGAUUCGAUCGAGACCGGUAAACCUUUGGUACUAGAAAUGUCUACAGGCCUUUUUGAAGUUUCAAGUCCACUGUUUAAAAAUAUUGUUUUCUACUGCGGAUUUUGCAUGGCGGUGGCAGUGGUUCUUGGAUUGAUAUGGGAAAUUUUGUAUCGCUGCAAAGGCAAAAAUAAAAUAAGAAACGAUGGAGGUUUGGAACAUGUUAGAGAACAGAUGAAUGAUGUCAGCCGGCUGCGCGAAAUGGUCGAAGACUUACAACAACGCAUGCGUCAAACCUACACUGAUCUGAAAGCUAAACAUAGUAGGGAAUUAUUACUCUUAAAAGAGACAAAGAACGAGAAACAGAACAGCAGAAACCAUAUGGGAAAUCAAGAGUGGAAAAACGAACAGCGAGAUCACUUUCCCACAGGGAACCUAAUGCGUAUUGGCCAGUUCAAAAGUGGGUCGAAGGCAGAGACCUAUGCUCACAAUUCUAACAAUUCAAUUGAAGAAUAUUUUGAUAACUUGAAAUAACUCUUUAAAAUUACACCCAACUAUGAACGAAAUAUGUUUUGUUGAUCACAGACGUGUAUUCGACAUAAACUUUAACCUCAAAAAGUUGUCGAUAUCUUCCGAUAUUCCGAUAACGACUAUCAAAAAGUUAAGGGCUUGUUGAGCAACUUAAACAUACAACAGUUUAGCGCGUGAAAGCGUUACAGGCAAUAGAUCACACAUGUUGUAACAGUUGACCUUAAGCGCGUGGAAGCGCUACACGUAUUCGUGUUAUAACCUUUAGCCCUUAGCGCGUAAAACCGUGAAAGGCAAUACAUCGUGCACGUUGUAACCUUAAACUUUUAGCGCGAGAAAGCGUCACAGACAAUUUGUCACAUAUGUUGUUACCUUGACACGAAGAAAUUAGAUAUGAAAUAAUCUAAUAUUUCUCUCCCUCUUUUUCAUCUUUUUUUGUUGUCAUUUGUUGUAACAAGCAAACAUUAUUGUUAAUAUAAAGAAAGCAAUGUAAUAUUGGU